AUGACCAAGGUUUUCUUGACUGGCGCCACAGGCUACAUCGGAGGCAGCGUCCUCUCCCUGCUCGCCGAGUCGCACCCCGAGUACGCCGUUCGGGCGCUGGUGCGCGACGGCAGCAAGGGGAAGCUCGUCACGGAUGCCUUCGCCAAGGUCGAAAUUGUCGAGGGAGAACUGGACGACGUCGACACGAUCACUCGCGAAGCUUCCAAUGCCGAUAUCGUUGUCCACUUGGCUACAACGGGCCACCUGAAGAGCGUUGAAACCAUUCACAAGGCCCUUUCAUCCAGAGCAGCACAAAAGCCAGCGCAUUGGAUCCAAAUCUCGGGCGCCAGCGCCCUCGCCGCCGGUGAGGUCGCCGACAAAGCCCGCAGCCCGGGCGAGGCCAGCGACCUCGUCUUCAACGACCUCGCCGGGAUCGCGGAGCUGCGCUCCUUCAUCCAGGGACACCCGAGCCGCGGCGUCGACAACUACAUCAUCAAGGUCGCCGCCGACGAGCCCAAGAUCAACACGGCGCUCGUGUUCCCCCCCAUCAUCUACGGCAAGGGGACCGGCCCCGUCAACCGGCGCAGCGUCCAGAUCCCGUCGCUGGCCAAGGCGACGCUGGACCGCCGGCGCGGCGUGCAGGUGGGCAGGGGACUCAGCCGAUGGGGCAACGUGCACGUCCAGGACGUCAGCCGGCUGAUCUUUCGUCUGGUCGAGAAGGCGGCCGAGGCCAAGGGCGAGGAGCAGGUCUGGAAUUCCAACGGGUUGUACUUGACCGGUGUGGGAGAAAUUCCCUUUGGAGAAAUCUCCAAGCUUGUUGCCGCUGCGGCGGCCGACCAAGGGCUUAUCCCCACCAGCGAGGUCGACGUGGUCGGUCCCGAAGAGGCGAACAGCCUGCUGCCGCACGGAGCGGUGCUCUACGGGACGAAUGCGCGCAGCGAGGCGCUUCGGGGCAGGGAGGUGCUGGGAUGGGCGCCGUCGGGGGAGAGCCUGGAGAAUGAGAUCCCCAGAGCCGUGGCGGAGGAGGCGUCUGCCAGGGAGCGAAGCAACCUGUGA